CGUUAACAGUGUUGCCGUGCUGCCGUCAAGUGCGCAGGACAAUAGGGACGCAUUAAUCGAUUAAUGUUCAACCUCAAUGUUAUCGCUUCCCAACGAUAUGCAUACAUGCAUACGAAGCUUUCUUAUCACGACGCAUUGAUAAAGACAUCGGCAAUAAAAAGUAAUACGCUGCAUAUACAAAUUGAACUAUAUCAGCAUGGCCGAAAGUGAACACGCUCAACGUCACGCACUUCCAGCUGCGAUGAUUUCUCGCAAGAAAAUUAGUGUUUGGUCCAUACUUAAGAACUGCAUUGGCAAAGAUCUCAGCAAAAUCACAAUGCCCGUUGUGCUGAAUGAACCUCUGAGCUUCCUUCAAAGGUUAUGCGAGUAUAUGGAGUAUGCGGAGAUCCUGACGCAAGCUGCACAUCAGGAUAAUCCAGCAGACCGCAUGAAAUGUGUUGCAGCUUUUGCUGUUUCUGCUUUGGCUUCCAAUUGGGAUCGGUUGGGCAAACCAUUUAAUCCGCUCUUAGGAGAAACGUACGAACUGCAGAAGGAAGAUUAUCGAAUUAUUUGCGAGCAGGUUUCUCAUCAUCCACCUGUUUCUGCCUUCCAUGCUGAGUCGACAGAUUUUAAAUUUCAUGGUUCAAUUAAUCCAAAGAUCAAGUUCAGCGGCAAGAAUGUUGAAGUCCAUCCAAAUGGAAUUGUUACUGUUGAGUUUCCCAAAUGGAAUGAAACAUACACUUGGAGCAAUGUCAAUUGUUGUGUGCAUAACAUAAUCGUGGGGAAACUUUGGAUCGAGCAACAUGGUACAAUGGAGAUUACCAAUCAUUCAACUGGACAUACAGCCAAGUUAAUAUUUAAAUCAUCGACAUCUGCCGAUAAGGAUCUGCAUAGAGUUGAAGGAUUUGUCAAGGAUGAAAAUGGUCAAAAUUUGUUCUUUUUGUACGGUAAAUGGACAAAGUUUUUAAAAUGCUGCCCAUAUGAGAAUUACGAUGAAUAUCGAAAACACGAGAUGAAAAUUAAAGAUGACAAGGAAACUACUGCUUCACCCAAUGCCACGCCGAAAAGAAUGUUUUCCAAAUUAAAUAGUUUUAAACUCAACUCGUUUCGCAGCUUAUCCAUACAGGAUCAUGAGAACUACCCACCUGCUGAUAUAGACGGCGAUUUUCCCAGAAGUGAUUCUUCCUUCUCCCUGGAUAUACCAGAUUCCACGUUAUUGUGGAGCUGCAAUCCCAGACCUGAGAAUAGUAGCGAGUAUUAUAAUUUCACAAACUUUGCGAUGCAAUUGAAUGCUAUGGAUAAUAUGAAACCACCAGAUACCUUAUGUCCCACCGAUGCUAGGUUGCGUCCUGAUAUAUUAUGCUUAGAGAACGGCGAUCUUGAUGGUGCGUCCAAAGAAAAGACCCGGCUGGAAGAGAAGCAGAGAGACUCGAGAAAACUGAAAAAGUCCGAAGAUGGAGGAGAUUUUACUCCUAGGUGGUUUAAGAAGGUCUACAGCCCUUUUACAAAAAGUGAAGUUUGGCUAUAUAGUGGCAGCUAUUGGAAUCGCGACUACGAAACUACGAAUUCAUUAUUUUAGAUAAAAUAUACAACACAACAAAACUUUCUACAGAUUUACACCAAUUACUUACAACAGACAAACAAACACAUGAAAAACAUACGAAAACUGUCAAAUUUGUUAGUAAUUAUAAUACGUACGUACAUAUAUUAUGUAGUAUAUAAACCUAUUACUGAACAUUAUGAAAUAAAGUCGCUUUUGUUUGGUUGAAAA